AGGAACCUGUAAAACAUGUCGGACGCUAUCACUGCUGAAAGUGCGCAUCAAGCAACAAGCAAAACAAAACCACCAGAGGUAGAUGUUGAAGUGCUAGAGAUUGAAAAUCUCCCGGACCACUCAGAGCCGUGGGAAAACAUCCAAAGAGACUUUCUACCGGUCCAUUUUCUUCUGCUGACGGUAAAGGACUGCGAAUUUCUAAGUUGUCUUUCCUUUCUCAAAGAAGGUUUCGUGAGGAGUAAUCGCAAACCCCUUGGCAUUGUAUACUUCGGAAAUGUCCGUGACAACAAGCACGAGGAAGUGAAGGUUUCAGUGAUGAAAUGCAAUAUGGGUUCUAGCACUACCGGUGGUUCUCUGGUUGUUGUCCCAAACGCAGUCCGCAUCUUAAGACCGAAAGCUGUGUUUAGUGUGGGUUUCUGUGCUAGUUUAAACGAGAAGAAAGCAGAGCUAGGUGAUGUGGUCGUGUGCUCAAAGUUAAUUACCUAUGCCUCCAUAAAACAAGAGGGAGAUAUGGUCGAGGAGCGAGGUGUUAAAGUUCCUUUAAAUAGGGAUUUGGCAACUCUUGCCAGACACAUUGGAGAUGGAUGGAAACCACCAGUGAAGUACUCAACCGGUCAGAAGGUGAAACCACGCAGAGGUGGCGUAUUUCUGAGUGGGCCUGAGGUGAUUAACGACAGAAAACGACGUGAUGCACUGAUCAAACGAUAUCCAGAAGCAACAGCAAUUGAGAUGGAAGGGGAAGGUAAUUAAUGAAAAGUAAAACUAUGUAUUUAUGAUUAUUUAUAUCUGUGCAGGGUCCUGUUUGGCCAUCUGUCUUUCUUUCUGGCUUUCUGCCUCUAAUGUCUGUUGGCCCCUUUUUUUGUCUGUUACACAUGCUAGGAUACAUUCAGCUGCUGAAUUAAGUUAAGUUCUAUCAUCAUUUCAUUUUUAUUUUUUAAAUUUUAUGCUGGAUUGUUGAUGGAUAAUAACUGUAAGUAGUAUUUUUGACCGCCUUGCCCUCAAAGAUGAAUAAAAAUUGCAAGUUACAUCAAAAUUAGCCCAACUUACAUUCAUAAUCAUAACAAUCGAUUCUCCCUGAGCUUGGAACCUAGGAACGAAACAUGUCUAAGUGGCGGAGUAUCAGCUACAGUUAAACGGCAGUUGCAGGAGGAGUAAAAUCCACAUUAAAAAUAUCAAAAACAAAAACAAGAACAAUGAAAAUUAAAACUCUUGUGCCUUUUUUUUUGUUGUUUUUUUUUAUAUUUUACUUAGUUUUCGCUCUCUUCACUUCUUCCUUACUUGCUCCCCAUCACUUUGUGAAACAACUUUUCAUAUCCAUCCCUUGAGGUCUCUCUGUAUGUCUGCGUUUCUUGCUGUUUAUGCGUCUCUCUAUUUGACCUGGUCGUGUCUAUUUGUCUGUGUCUCGCUGUUUCUAUCUGUCCUUCCGUGAGUCUCAUUUAAUUUUUUAAAAAGGCAAUUUAAAACCCCGGCGUCUAUUCAGUGUCUCUUAUAGGCCAAAAAAUGCUUUUCUUCUAGGUCUUUGCGUAGCUGCCCAUGAUCUCAAAGUGGAGUGGAUUGUCAUUAAGGGCGUGUCAGACUUCGCCGAUGGGAACAAAUCUGAAACUGAUCUUUGGAGACCAUUUGCCAGUGUUAUGGCAGCGUCUCUAGUUUCACACACUCUAAAAGAUUCUAGAGUUUUUGAGUUCUGGCCUCACUUCGAAGGUAAGUGUUCAGUUGGUUGAAAAAGUAGAUACUUGUAUCGAGGGAAUUCUGUAUUCAAAAAAAUAAAAAAAUCCACACGCAAGUUAUAAUCAGCGUGACUCGGAUUUGCUGUAUAAAAACGCUAUUAAACGAUGUAAACUUUCUAGUGUAGGCGCAGACAAAAGUUGCAUGAUAUGAUUUACAAUGGCAACCGAUUCUCAAAACGAGCAACCCCAAGAGGCGUGAAGAAAACACUGCCGGUCCUGCAAAAAAAGAGCAAAGAAACCGAUGAACAUCAAAACAAAGAGAAUAAAAGGAAACAAAAAGGUUUUAAGAUCAUUCUUAACAAUCACCGCUUGCGAGGUCUAAGGUUCAUUGGAUAAAUAUUAAAGUAAUAAUUUAAACGAUGGAUACAUAAAGAAUUACAUGAUAGUCGCCUCGUCGCUUCCGGCCGUUUUAACGCUAUUUUGUCGAAUUUCUUUGUACUGCGUGUUGUGCACUGUUUUAUUGCUUCUAUUAUCAUUGUACAUAAUUAUUAUUAUUUUUAUUUGUUUUCGUUUUUAGGGCACACGCAUAAGUUUCAUUUAAUUUAUUUGACAUACCUGUUUAUCACCCUACUUGUACAACCUAUUUGUAGAAAGACAGUUUUGGUUAGUUUUUAUGCAUAAAAGACAGUGAACCCAUACUUUGGUGCUCUUUUGAUCUAUUCUGGUUAAGACGAUAACUGAAAGUGGUCUUUUUGAGCCUUUUUAAUUAUUCUGUUAAAUAAGAAAUGCAAUAUGUUUAACUGUGGGUACGAUUUCUUGUCGUUUUAUCCAGAUAAUUCGGAUGCUGAGUCGCCUCCUCCUUCCUGUUCAGACCCUAAAAGAAAAAAAGCGACUGCAGGUAAUAAUGUUUGAUUUUUAAGUACACUGUUGUAAGAAAAUGCCUGCUCAAGAGUUUUGUUAAGUAGCGAGGAACAAAUUAAUUUCAAAAUUUGUCGAAAUAUUUUGUGUUGGUAGCCCAUAGAAGCGAAUAUCAUGGCUAAAAAGCACGAUUCUUUAACCAGAGUAUAAAAUGCAAAUGAUGCCGGGUAGCGAGAGGGGAGGGAAGAAGAAAGAGAAGGACGAAGAGAGAGAGGAGAGGAGGAAGAGAAAAAAGGAGAAAUUGAAAGGAGGAGAGGGAGGUAUGGGAUGGAUGAAGGGAGAGAGUAAGAGAAGGAGGAAGGUUGGGAGGGUGGAGGAAGAUGGGAGAGAAGGACAAAGGGAUGGAUGGAAGGAGGGAAGGAAAUAAGAAGUAGUGGAGGAGGACAGAAAGAAAGGCAGAGGAAUCGUAGGGAGAGAAGUAGCAAGGUAAGGGGGAGGGGAGGAAGAAAAGAAGGAACAAUGAAGGUAGUUAGAGAGUUAAUCUAAUCUAUUCUCGUCUUUCUGGAGAUUCUUUUGUGCAAGGUGCACCGCAGGAACCUUCAACUCGAAGAGGACGGCGAUACACACGAUCCAGUGGUGGUGCGCCGAGUGCUGCUCAAAGUAUUUUAUCAAAAAAACUUGUUAAUUCCGUAGAUGAAAAAUCUAAGAAGAAUUAUAGGGAAAUUCCCAGGUUCAGUAAUUGAACUCAACAGUAAUGCCUAUUAACUCUGUCAACGCUUUGUUUGAUUUUCGCCUUUAAUUCAUUUCCUUAAAGAAGCAUCGAAUUCAGCAAAAACAAUUCUUGUUUCAUUAUAUAUUACUGAAAUCGAGAAGAGAGACUUGUAGUCAGAGGACGUAGUUCAUGGCUUCUUUAUUCAUGAAGUCAUCAUAAUGAUUUUUUGCUUUCCGAGCAGUUUUAUUUUUUCAAGGAAAGUCGUUUUUCUCCUAUUCCAAAUACCUUCUUCCCAAAUCCUUACAUUCCUCAAGGCCAACUUUUUAGUAUCAAACGAUAUUAAAAAGGUGAAUCACCUUUCGCCGCAUUUUUUCACCUUUUGCCAGAGCUUUGAAGCACCCCUUUUUAUUUUUCCCUUCCCUUUUACCAUUAUUAUUCCCUCGAUUGUCCAUGUCUUAAAAAACUCUUCACUUGCCAAGUUGUCAUCGCACAGUUUGUUAUCGGACAUUUCAAUAAGCCAAUCACGCUCAAAGUUGCAGUUCAAAUCAACCAAUCACAUUCAAAGUUGAAGUUUUAAUCAACCAAGCACAACCUUGGUUUCAAUCACCAUAGAAACAGAACGACAUUAAACAAUUUAAGCCUUCUUUGUCAGUUUCUUAAUGAAAAUUGUCCCUUUCUUUCUCAACUUGCCUAUUCUUCUUUCCUCAGAAAUUGUAAUUUUUUAUCAUUAAUUGAGUCGAGUUUCUUUGUACUGCAUGUUGUACACUAUUUUAUAGCUUCUAUUAUCAUUUUAAAUACUUUUUAAUAUUCUUUUAUUAUUUUUCUCUUUUUACGGUACACGCUUGAAUUUCAUUUAAUUUAUUAGGUAUUCCUGUUAAUCACCAUUAACCCCCAAAAUCACACUCACAGUAUGCUUGGGCUGCCUGUGCAAGACCCAGCCUAUUUGUAAAAAGACAGUUUUGAUUAGUUUUUAUGCAUAAAAGACAGUGAACCCAUACUUUGGUGCUCUUUUGAUCUAUUCUGGUUAAGAGGAUAACUGAAAGUGGUUUUUUUGGAACCUUUUUAAUUAUUCUGUUAAAUACGAAAUGCAAUAUGUUUAACUGUGGGUACGAUUUCUUGUCGUUUUAUCCAGAUAAUUCGGAUGCUGAGUCGCCUCCUCCUUCCUGUUCAGACCCUAAAAGAAAAAAAGCGACUGCAGGUAAUAAUGUUUGAUUUUUAAGUACACUGUUGUAAGAAAAUGCCUGCUCAAGAGUUUUAUUAAGUAGCGAGGAACAAAUUAAUUUCAAAAUUUGUCGAAAUAUUUUGUGUUGGUAGCCCAUAGUAGCGAAUAUCAUGGCUAAAAAGCACGAGUCUUUAACCAGAGAAAAUCUAGCUGAAAAUCCAUUUUCAGAUCAGUGAUCUAUCAAAUCCACUCUGGACAAGGAUUCAUCGGAUCACUGAUCUGCGUGAUCUAAAGACGGAUCAUUGGAUCAUUCAUCCAUCACAUUCCUUUGGGCGAGGGAUCCGAAAUUAAUCAUUUUGCCAAGCGGUGCUCAAUUUGAAAUAAGUGGGUACUUCAUAUAUUGACCGGAAAGAUUGUUGGCAAUCGCUCCACAAAUUCUGCGAUACACACGAAAUAAAAUCGAUUUUGUAAUGUUAAAUCGAUCGGCCACUGACCGCAGGUAUUUAGGGUUCCCAAGCAUCCAUAUCGUAAUCAAUACUUGCUCCUGUCUUAAUUCCAUUGUUUGAGUUUACUAUGAAAAAAUGUACGUGCUUCUAAUGAAUAGUGCUAAUUAGAACAAUUGUGUGCGCUAAAAGCCCGUGCAGUUAGACGAGCCAUUCAGGGAAGAGCUCAAGUACCCACGUGAUUACACAAGUCUUAAAUAGCAAACUUUUUUGAAUUCUCUGAGAGAUCGUCUAAAACUCCGUUUCUUUCAUGCAUCGUGAUCUGUGGAAUCUUGGAUCUCAAAUCCUUAGCCAGAUCCUCCCAAAGGACCGCACCCCUGAUGGUAAGAAUGAAAUAUGAUAGGUUUCUACAAGCCGUUUCCGAGCACGUGACCAUUAUAUGGCCGGUGUUGUUUUGAUCGCUUGACGAUCUUUUUCGCUCAAAACACAUGACGACUUCCUAUUUCAAGGAACGCUUUUCCAAUUAAUUUCUAUCGCACCGUUUAAAAAAAUAAAAGCAAAUCCGUAUACUGAAAAACAAAAGGGAAAUUAAAAACUAUGAGAAAUCGCGAGUAAUCGGCCUCUUCUGCUUACAAGUUCGGUGUAACAUGCUUGUAUUUCCCAUAUGUUACAAGUAAUUCACGCACGUGGGAAUGCUGCAAUCACGGUGGUUAUUCUCAACCUGGAGUAAAUAUGUGCUAUAUUUUGCUUCAUCAUUCUUUGCCAUUUCUACGCUCAAAUAUUAAUUCAGAGAAGGGGAGGGAGGGGGUGGGUGAGGGUUAACAUUCCAAGAGAUAGGCUAACAAUGUGCCGCUGGAUAGGGUCACACUUUCACGAUUGCAUUGACUUUUAUGGCAUUGCAUUUUCAGAUAUUUUCAAUAGAUUUUCUAGAAUGGAGUUACACAUUUGUUAGAUUUUAGGCGUAAGAAAAUUAUGGCAAGUAAGGAUUCAUAAACAGGAAGAUUCAUGGUAAAAAAGUUGUUACCGUAUUUUAAUAUUUAAUAAACGGCUCCCAUUCCAUUCCGGUCUUGCCCAAAAGCGUACAAAGAUGGGGUCUAUAAUUGGCCACAACAUAGGCUAAAUUGCGGUAGUGGUUCUGAGAAGCCAGCUGUACAUACCCAGCAAAAAGUGACCCAUGUACCCCGCCCCCCGGGGAGUUUCCAUCACAUAUUCAAGUGCGAUAAUUUCUAUACUUGCAAUGAUUCUACUUUCUACCUUUUUUCAACACCUUAGUUUAAUGAUAGCAACUUUACAUGUAUAUAUCUCUUUGAUAUUUUAUCCGCGAGUUAGCCACAGGCGCCCUCUGAUUAAUUAUAUAUAUUGUAUUAAUUAUUCCUGCUUUUAUAGUAUUCAUUAGCGAAUGAUCGAAAUUGUUCACGAAUACAUCUAACUGAGGUAGACACCUCAAAACUCGAAUAAAGUGAUCAACUUGUUUUACAGUUUAGACAACUUCUUUCUAUGGAGUAAGUAUAGAGUUCGUAAUUCUGUCAAGAGCAAUUUUUUUUACGAAUUAAAGCUCUCGUAGAAAUCCCCUGACUUCAAUUGAUAUUGGUGGUAAUUCUUAUGACGAGCUCUACUUUCGGUCACAAUAUAGUCACGAUUUUAUUUCAUUACCUCCUUGCAAUAAUAUGGUCAAAACAAUAAUAGCUCUUUGACAUACAACAACACAAAUCCAUGCUGGUUGAUUCGAGGCUUUAAUUCGAGUUAACAAUAACGAGCUCUCUGCCUCUCCAGGACAUUUUAGUACCACACGAGAAGCGAUUGAUUAUGAAAACAUUAAAAGCAAAAAAACUAAAUCAAACAUUAAAAGAAAAGCAAGAAGAAACGUAAGGCAAUCGUCCGUGCGAACGUUUGUCCUUCUAUCUGUCCUUCCAAUUCUCCGUCUGUCCAAGCGUGCGCCCUCCUGUGAAUGUUGUUUGCCAUAAAACUUGGAGGAAAACUACCCCAAACGUCGCAACUGCUUUAUUUUCUUUUUCUUUUUUUUUUUUUUGUCUUUCUCGAGCAAAACAUUAACAGGUUGGGAAAAGAGAAUGUUUGGUAUAUUUGGCCAGAUCAAAAAGUUGAAAUGUCUAGCCAAAGAUUAUCAAUUGAAGAGAAUCAUAACAGUUUUGAAAAAAUUAGUCCAAAGUGAUGCAUUGCAUUCCUCUCAAGAGUUCGAGGAAUACUUCUCUGAGAGGAAGAUUGACGCUGACCAAUCAUCCAUUUAUUAAUUAGAAUAGGAAUUACUUUAUUAAAAACAUCCUAUAAACACUAACUGCACUUUUUCAAUAUUCAGUCAAGAAUGGCACGCCCAGUGACGAAGAAUUAUAUGCAAUUUCGAAAAAACAUCGCUGAGAGCUGGAAGCCACUUGGAAGACGUUUAAAUAUUACGGAAGCAGAGCUGGUCGAAUUUUCAAAUCUUGACGACUACACCGGAAAGCCAUAUAAAAUGUUGCUUUCUUGGAAAGGAAGAGAGGGUGAAAAGCAACCUACAAAAGCAACCUACCUUGUCUUACAUGACGCCCUAUGUCAUCCCUUUGUAGCCCGUAAUGAUCUGGCGGACCAAAUUUGCUGUCAAUUACAGAAUUAAAUGACUUUUAGUUCUUAAUGCGAAUAUAUUUUUUGCUAUAAGGACAAAAGGAUUGACAGUUGUCCACAAUUAGUCCAUUAGCUUUAAUAUUGAGUUACUCUUUCAAAAGUAAUGGUAUUUAUGCACCAGUUUUUCCCAUCUUAUUUUUAAGGAUUUAUGCCAAAUGGAUCAUGACAUGGAAUCUCAUGUUUAGAUUUCUUGGUUAAACGUUGUUUUUACUUUCGUUGCAUUAUAAGUCGUGUUUACUGUAUCAAUUAUUCCUAUUUUUACACUUCUGUCUAGGGUAAAUGAUGGAGAUUGUUCACAAAUAUAUAGGCCUCAUGAGAACACAUUAAACUUACAAUAAAAGUUAUCAACUCGUUCACAGUUUCGAAAACUUCUUUCUACGAAGUACGUUUAGAGUCCGUAAUUAUUUCAAGAAGUUUAUUUUACGAAUUAUAACUCGCCUAGAAAAUCCCUGCCCUCAAUUAGCAUUGAUGAUAAUUCUAAUGAGAUUGCUCGUACUAUAAAUGCGAUUUUGCUUUAUUACCUCCCCCUAAUGAUGUAAUCAAAACAAUAUUAAUAAUGGCUCUUUAAUAUAAAACAACACAAAUCUAUGCUGAGUGGACACUGCGUGUUUACAUUAAGGAGUUCUCUGCCUUUCCAGGACUUCUUCGCCGUAAAAAAAUUGAGGCGAUCAUUAUAAAGGAUGAGUGUCUUUUAAGCCUAUGCUUAUCUGCUACAGAGUGAAUCCAAACCAAGGGGACCCCCCAAGCGAUAAAUAAGGAC